UCACGGCGGCGGCAGCCGAGCCGCGUCCCGGCCCCGGUGAUGGCGGCGCGGAGGCUCCGCGGGGCUCUGCAGCUCGGGGCGCGGCAGCGGCUGCGGGUGGCGGCAGCCUCGCCCGGCAGGCACACGGUGCUCGGGGGUCUCCGGCUUUGCCGUCUGAGCCGCCCGGUGGUGGUGGGGGGGUGUGAGCCCACCCGCUCCUUCUUCAACCUCACCAACAAGCGCAAGGAGUACUCGGAGCGCCGCAUCAUCGGGUACUCCAUGCAGGAGAUGUACGACGUGGUGGCCAACGUGGAGGAGUACAAGAACUUCGUGCCCUGGUGCAAGAAGUCCCUGGUGGUCUCCAAGCGCACGGGUCACAUCAAGGCCCAGCUGGAGGUCGGCUUCCCGCCCGUCAUGGAGCGUUACACCUCCAUCGUCACCCUGGUCCGACCACACCUUGUCAAGGCUGUUUGCACUGACGGGCGCCUCUUCAACCACCUGGAGACCAACUGGCGCUUCAGCCCCGGCAUCCCCGGCUACCCCCGCACCAGCACCGUGGAUUUCUCAAUCUCCUUUGAGUUCCGGUCCCUGCUGCACUCCCAGCUGGCCACCGUCUUCUUCGACGAGGUGGUCAAGCAGAUGGUCGCCGCCUUCGAGCGCCGGGCGGCCAAGACAUUCGGGCCCGAGACCCGCAUCCCACGGGAGCUCAUGUUCCACGAGGUUCACCAGACGUGAGGGCAGCUCGGCCACCGCGGACUCUGCCAGGGCCCCCCCCCCCAGCCCUGUGCCCACCCCCAGAUAUUUAUUGAGUGCAUCUCUGCUGCCGUUGCCUCAGCUCAUCCCCCCCUGGGGGCGAGAGACGAUCGAUGCCAGCCCCACCGCAACGCCACGGGAGCUCCUCCUAGCAGGGGGCUCCCUGGUUCCGUAGCUGAUUUUGGUUUUAAGUUUUGUUUUAGCUCUUGGGAGUUCUUUUCCCGACCUCCCUCUCCCCCCCCCCCUCCCAAAUUUGUGUUCCUUUUUAAUGCCUUGGCCAGGCCGGAGGGUCCCAGCCGUGGGGCAGCUCCUGCACCCCUCGUCCUGCUCCAGGAGAGCAGGAAGAAAGUUGGGUGUUUGCUGGCGAGGAACCCCAUGGGGGAAGGGGGUGGGGGUGGCCAGGGAAGGCCACCUCCAGCCCCCACGACCCCCCCACCCCAGCCAGGAACUAAAGGGAAGGAGAAGGUGGAAGGUGGGGAGCGGAGCCGAGACCCCCGCGGCAGCGCCCGCUCUGCUGCCAGACCCCACCGCACAGUUUGCACAACUCACACGCACAGAGAGGGGAGGGGGGGCCCGUGCUGCACCCCCCCCCACCCCCCCAAAUCCCCCCCAAGUCCUGCGCAGCCCCAGCACUUGCUGCAGGCCACGGCACAGGGACCGGGAUGGCCCUGGCCCGCGGUCCCCGCAGUGUCCCCAGAUUCCAGCUCACUGUCCCUUACUUUGGAGGGGGGUGGGGGGUCCAGGGGGUGUCAGAUGCUCCCUGAGCCCCUCAGCCUCCCACCUCCUCACCAAGGAGAUGGUGGCCUCUCUGCCCAAGGCAGGGCUUCUUCAGGCCAAUAAAGAGUUUUCCAAGGGUG